AUUAUUGCAAACCCUCAUUUUCCAUCCACUCGAUCAAUCGAUCCAUCCGAGAACGAAAGGAGUCGGCGGCGGCGAUCGGAUCUCGCCUUCUUAGAUGGCUGACCCGGCGGCGCUUGGCGGCCAGUACGUGCAGCAGUUUCUCAGCGCCGCCCUAUCGCAGCGCGGUCCGGCGGCGCUCCCGUACGCCGAGGACGGCAAGUGGCUGAUUCGCCAGCACCUGAUGGCGCUCACCGGGGCCUUCGCAUCUCUUCGCCCCCGCGCCGCCAGCUUCACUCACGACGACGGACGCUCCUCAUACCUCCUCCAGGCUGAGGGCACCAUCCCCAUCGUCUACCGCGGCACCACCUACAACCUCCCCGCCUCUGUCUGGCUCCUCGAACAGUACCCUCGCCGUCCCCCUUCCGUCUUCCUCACCCCGACCUCGGACAUGCUUGUCAAGCCCGGUCACCCCCUCGUCGAUCCCUCCGGCCUCGUUCGCGCCGCGGCUGUUCCGUACCUCGCUUCAUGGGUCUACCCAUCGUCCAACCUCGUCGACCUUGUCCGCUCCCUUUCACACCUCUUCGGCCUCGACCCUCCUCUCUACUCCCACCCCGCGGCUGCUCUCCCUCAAAAUCAAUCUCCUCCUAACACACGGCAUCCUUUUCCCUCCCCAUCCAAUCCAUCUCCGGCUCGAAUCUACUCCUCUCUGCCGUCCCCAUACGGUGGUGGUCGGUUCCCUCCCUCACCACAGACCCAGAUUGCGUCGCAUCCGAUUGAGGACCCAGCGGAUGUCUUCCGACGGAACGCCAUCUCUAAAAUUGUGGAGAAUGUACACAGAGAUGCAGCCAGCCUGCGUAGGUCGCAGGAGUCCGAGAUGGGACCUCUCCUUUCUCUCCAGGCGGAGCUGCGGAUUAGACGGGAAGAACUUUCUCGCGGGGUCCGCGAGAUGGUUGGGGAGAAGGAAGGUCUGGAGCAGCAGCUGCAGCUCGUGCUUAUGAACACCGACGUUCUUGAAGGAUGGGUGAGGGAGACCGAGGCUAGCAGUAGAAAAGUGGACGCAUUAAAUGUCGACAAUGUGUUUGAACCGAUGGAUGCACUCUCAAGACAGAUACUGGAGCUCACGGCAGCUGACUUGGCGGUGGAGGACACGAUCUACUCACUGGACAAGGCGGUGCAAGAUGGGGCAAUAACGUCCGAGUCAUAUCUGAAGAGUGUGAGGGCAUUGUGCAGGGAGCAGUUCUUCCACAGGGCAACCUUGGCCAAGGCCCGUGCUGUUCAGGUGCAAGCUCAAGUUACAAAAAUGGCACCGAGGGUUCCACUAUAUGCUUCCUAGGAUGGAGGCGAUUCACCCCCAACACCUUCAUCAAUUCGUCCCUAGGCCAACACGGAUGUGGUAAAUCACGGGUGACUAUUACCCAUUAGUGCAGGUGGCUAAGACAUUGGGGAAGGCAUGCUCAGAUGUGUUGAGUUUCGACCCCAAGACCUCAUGUAGCAAUACCUUAUGCCUCAACCACCGUACCACCCCGAGGGGUGUUUUUAGAUAAAUGGUCAUGUUCCUAUUCAUGUUCUGAUUUUUGUUUAUGAUGAUGUUCUCCUUCUGAUGCUCAUAGUCUUAUAGUCUUAUUGGCAGACACAAUUGGUUUAUUGGCGAGUUCAAUCUUUUGGAAA